AUGCCCACGCCAAGUAUUGAAAAACGGCGUGUACCACCAGAUCGACCGACGAGUAGUAGUUGGGUUCGAAAUAACUUUAUCGUUGGUGGCGUGCUUGGCUCAGGUACAUUUGGCAAUGUGUACGAAAUAAAAUGUCGUCGUGAGCCUGGUACAUCGUAUGCGAUGAAGGAGUUGUCAAGAAACAAUUUACCUAAAUUUAUUGCCAUGGAGUUACGAAUUUUGCAACGUUUUGGUGGUGUUCACAAUAUUAUGAGGAUUCAUGCGGCUCAUCGAGAACGUGAUCGAGUUUUCAUUGUUAUGGAUUACUUCGAGCAUACUCCUACUAAAGAAAUCAUGGCUUCUGUAACAGUAUCAGAAAUUCUAGAUUACAUGAAGAAUUUAUUGGAUGCAUUGAGGUAUCUACAUGGGAAAGGCAUCAUUCAUCGGGAUGUUAAGCCGUCUAAUUUCCUUUACAAUCGACCUAAGCAUAAAUAUUGUUUAAUUGAUUUUGGUCUCUGUGAAGAAAUAUCCGAUAGUCAACCACUACGACAGCAUGUGAAAAGUCAUCACGGCACAGGAGAACGAAAUGCCUUAAAAAGUCUCAAAGUAUCGGAUCAAAAUCUUAAGAUUUGCGAAAGAAGUAGAGCAAGAAAAAGGAUUAAGCGGAAAGGAUGUGAAUGUCACGGUUUUCCACGCGUGUGUGAUAUAUGCACCAAGCGGCCUCGACUUCAUGUUAAUAAAGCUGGAACACCGGGUUUUCGAGCCCCGGAAGUGCUACUUAAAUAUCGGCAGCAGACCUCUUUGGUCGAUAUUUGGUCAGCUGGUAUUACAUUUUUGUCUUUGCUUUGCCAUAGGCAUCCUGUGAUGCGACCAAAUGAUGACUAUGAAGCAAUCGGGCAAAUGGCUAUUAUUUUCGGUUCAGAGCCAAUCGAACAACUUGCGCGGAAGAACAAUUCAAUCUUGUUAGCUAGCUGGAAUUUUCCUGGUUUUGAUAUGGUCAAAUUUGUGUAUGCCAUACGGAACGAAGAAAUACCACAACAGAGUAAAUACUGCGAUACUUGUAGAAAUCUUUUUUUCGGUAAUUACGGUGCAAAAUGCUUGUGUCGUGUGUCUGAAGAACAUUCUCUGAGGCAACUUGCUCCUGAUGAACGUCAAGUAUUUGAAAUAUUGAAAAGGUGUCUUAUCGUUGACCCAGAUGUACGAUACACUGCUGAAAUGCUUUCAGCAUCUUUCUCUUAA